ACCCAGCCUAAGUGGCCAUGGUAGACGGUUUUUAACUACCAUUACCGUGUUAAUCGGAGCAUGGAGGUGCCAAUGACAUAUUAUACAGGACAUUUUGCUGGCAAAAUCUCGGCGAAGCAGCGGCGUGAGCUCGUUUAAUGGCCACACGACAUCACUAGUAUUAACAUGGGGCCCGCGUGUGUCGCUGACGCCAAGGUGCUUGGUGUCGUCACUACGGUCUGCGUGAUAGCUAUGUGUUACGUGUACACGGUGAUUAGGCCCUUUGAUGACGUCAUUACAGCAUGGAGGUACAGCGACCAUUGGAGGAUGUCAACCAAAAGAUUGUUCGCACCGCCUCGAAUAAAAUCAACGUUCACUUCACUGCACGCGGAUUGGGACCUUGUCCCGCAAAGUUGGAUUAACGAAAUGGAGGCCAGACGACGUCACCUUGAGAAUGCGUGUGCAGCCGCGGAGCCACCAAGCAAUAAUAGUUUGGUAAAAGCGAGCCACAAUUUAUAUGUCGAUGAACGCCAUCGGCUGAUCAUUUGCGAAAUCCCCAAGGUAGGAUGCAGCAACUUCAACCGGCUGCUGUACGGACUGUCGGCAAACAUCGGCAUAGACGAAUAUGAAAACAUCAACGGGUCGCAGGUGCAUUCGUUCCGAAUGUUGCGGUGGCUUCGAAAACUCGACAGUUUUUCUGAUUUUGGGAUUCAGUUUCGACUCAAACACUACCUUAAAGUUAUAGCAGUGAGGCACCCGUUCGAAAGAAUAGUUUCGGCUUACCGCAGUAAACUUGAGGGUGGCGAUAGGGAGUUUUCGGCGACUUAUGGUCCAGCAAUUCUUAAAUAUGAACGUAAGAAGAAAACUGAAGAAGUUAUCCGUCAUUACAACGUCUCUUUUGCUGCUUUUGCGAGAUAUUUAACUCAAAUUUCUGUUCAGACAAACUUCCAUUUUAAAGCAUACCAUGAAAUCUGCUUCCCGUGUACUGUUCACUAUGACGUCAUCGCACGUCACGAGACCAUCAGCCGUGACGUAAGCAUGGUGCUGAAAAUGAUCCACGCUGCACCUGGGUUUCACUAUCCAAAUUCUCACCGAGUUAAAGUUCACUCGGAGGACGUGUGGAAGUCGUAUUUCAAACACAUGACAAAAGAGGAAGUGUGGCAAUUUUGGGACACUCAAUUUGAGACGGACGGACGUCUGUUUAACUAUACAAUGCCAAACGACAUUGGCAAAUCAUAAAUCACAAGACAGGUCCACGGCUUUUUUGUGGGAGUACGGCUAAGAACGCUUAUUUAAGUGAUUUUUAAAUGAAAAUUCGAGCAAAGAGACAUGGAUUCAUGGGCUACAGAUUGCACCUGAACAGUGACGACCAUCUUGAAAAUGGCUGUCAACUUGAAAAUUUGAGAUGGUACAUUUUAUAGCCACUACCUUCUUCGCUACAAAAUAUGAAAAGAUCAUACCAUACCCAAUGCUUAAUAUAAUAUUAUCAAUUACAAAAAACGGAAAUGACGACGAUUAUCUUGGAUUCUGUGCGUUUCUGUGGUUACAUGAACACUUUCCAAUCGCAACUCUCGGCUAGCUUGGCUGACAUAAGAGGGCCAACGUUAGUAACCUGAAACGUAGGAGGUUGGGGAGCGUAUACUGUGAGUCUAUACUGUGUAUAGGAGAAAGUCACCGCUCACACUCUGAUAUUCAGGGUGGUUGAAACUUUUAAAACUGGGUGCGCAUUGUGCUAUCUCAACCGUCUUUGUCGCAUCUAACACAAUGAAAAAUAAGGCUAUUAUUGGGCUCGUUGAAAGAGUAUUUGUUUGCUCCUGCAUUAAUAAUUGUGAAUAAGUUAUACGAAUGAGGUUAAAGGUCGUAAUCAAAGGAUUGAAAAUGAGAUUGAAUGAUGGGGUUUGCUCGAGGCAGGCAAACACGAAUGCUGGCAUUUUAUGUCUUGAAUAAAAUCCUCCGA